GGACGCCGCGCGCAGACCUGCUCCGGCUGCGCGCCGCGCCGCUCUCCUCCGAGAGUGGCAGCAGUAGCCGCGGCGCCCGCAGGGGUUCCCGGCUGCCGCAGCUCCUCGGGGGAGCCCAGCACCCCCAACCUGCUCGCCGCGCGCAGCUGAGCCGCCGCGCGGGACUCGCCGCCCAACAUGGAUUUCCUCCUGGCGCUGGUGCUCGGGUCCUCGCUCUACCUGCAGGCGGCCGCGGAGUUCGACGGGAGGUGGCCCAGGCAAAUAGUGUCAUCCAUUGGCCUGUGUCGUUAUGGUGGGAGGAUUGACUGCUGCUGGGCCUGGGCCCGCCGGUCCUGGGGACAGUGUCAGCCUUUCUACGUCUUAAGGCAGAGAAUAGCCAGGAUAAGGUGCCAGCUCAAAGCUGUGUGCCAGCCACAGUGCAAACACGGUGAAUGCAUCGGACCAAACAAGUGCAAGUGUCAUCCUGGAUAUGCCGGCAAAACCUGCAAUCAAGAUCUAAACGAGUGUGGCCUGAAGCCGCGGCCCUGCAAGCACAGGUGCAUGAACACUUACGGCAGCUACAAGUGCUACUGUCUCAACGGAUACAUGCUUAUGCCGGAUGGAUCCUGCUCAAUCACUGUCUUUCCAGGUGCCCUGACGUGCUCCAUGGCAAACUGUCAGUAUGGCUGUGAUGUUGUCAAAGGACGAAUUCUGUGCCAGUGCCCCUCUCCCGGCCUACGGCUGGCUCCUGAUGGGAGGACCUGUGUGGACAUUGAUGAAUGUGCUACUGGAAGAGCCUCCUGCCCUAGAUACAGGCAGUGUGUCAACACUUUUGGGAGUUACAUCUGCAAAUGUCAUAAAGGCUUCGACCUCAUGUACAUUGGAGGCAAAUACCAAUGUCACGAUAUAGAUGAAUGCUCCCUUGGUCAGUAUCAAUGCAGCAGCUUUGCUCGAUGUUACAACGUGCAAGGGUCCUACAAGUGUAAAUGUAAAGACGGAUACCAGGGCGAUGGACUGAAUUGUGUUUAUAUUCCAAAAGUCAUGAUUGAACCUUCAGGUCCAAUUCAAGUACCAAAGGAAAAUGGUACCAUUUCAAGGGGCGAUGGAGGACACAGUAAUUGGAUCCCUGAUGUCAGAAGUACUAGGUGGCCUCUGAAGACACCUUAUGUACCUGCUGUCAUUACCAGCAGGCCCACCUCUGAGCCAACAGCAAGGCCUACCCUGAAGCCAGCGCCACAGCCUGCCCCGCCCACAGAACUCAGAACACCUCCGCCAGCAGCAGCCCCAGGAGGACCAACCACCAGACUGACAAGUGUAGCACCAGUUGCCACUGUGUCUCCAAGAAGGAUUACAGUUGACAACAGGAUACAGACAGAGCCUCAGAAACCCCGAGGAGAUGUGUUCAUUCCACGGCAGCCUUCAAAUGACUUGUUUGAAAUAUUUGAAAUUGAAAGAGGAGUCAGUGCAGAGGAUGAAGCAAAGGAUGAUCCAGGUGUUCUGAUACACAGUUGUAAUUUUGACCAUGGGCUUUGUGGAUGGAUCCAAGAAAAAGACAGUGACUUGCACUGGGAACCAGUGAGGGAUCCAGCAGAUUAUACCAUUUGUAAAGGAACAUAUGUUUGGAUUUCCACAUAUGAUUUGUAUGUUGUGCAUUUCUUAUAAGAUCCAGAUUUGCAAAUACUCUUAUAUGCUAAUAUCUCCAAAAAACCCUCCCUUAAACAAACUUAUACCUUUGAGAAACAGCUGCAAAAUAAGUGCAUUUUUUAGUCACCUUCCUGCUGCUCGUUAGGUUUUGUUAUCACAUUCAGUCUUAAACUGAACUGCGAGAUAGUGCAAUUAAUCCAUCCUCUAGGGAAUGGAAAAUUGUGCUCCUGACAGAUGUGAUACCGUGCUGCAGACUUACAGCUGUGGCCCUGAACACGCCUUCCUCCUGUAGUGUCAAGGCUAAACUUGGGGCCCUUUUCCUGGAACCCUAAUCUCAACCGACUCAGCACUCUGUCUGCUACUGGUAGCUACAAGGAAUUCGUUUAAAUAUAAAAUACGCCAGCGUGUACGUACAACUAUGUCUAUUGCAGCGUUAAGAAACCUUAUUUUGAAAUACAUGAAAACAGAAAAACAAAUCAACAGUGAAAAUAAAAGCUCCCUCCCAGCCCUGGCUCCCAGUCCAUCGUCCCUAGAUGCAGCCAGUUUCUUGGUUACCUUUCCAGAGAGCUAUUUUUCCUCACAACAGCCCUCUCUUCUGUACCUUGCUUCUUCUACUUAACAAUAUUAUCCUAAGAGUUAACCUGAGUGUGGACCUGCUCUAAAACACAGGGAGCUCAGCUCGGGGCUCUGUGACGACCUACGUGGGGGAUGGGGGGUGGGGUAGGAGGGAGGUCCAAGAGGGAGGGGAUAUAGGUAUUAUACAUACAGCUGAAUCACUACACUGUACAGCAGAAACUAACACAACAUUGUAAAGCAAUUUUACUCCAAAGGAAAAAAAAAAAAAGUGAGUGGACUUUGAAGCCAGAAUGCCUGGGCUGAAACCCACCAUCACCACUUACGAGCUUUGAUCUUGAGCAAGUUAUUUAAAUAGGGUCAUCAGUAGUGUCUAGUAAACAUAUGUAAAGCAUGUAAAGCAGUCCCUGUCCUAGAGUUACCAUUAAAAUAGUAUUAGCCAUUGUUGUCGAAGAUUGUUCUGUAUCGGUGCAUACAUAACACCUUCAUUCUUAAGUGAAUGGCGGUUACUCCAUCACUUCCUAAACGUAUUUCACCAGACCUCCAUUGAGGGACGUUUCAGUUGUUUCCAGCCUUUCGGUAGUUCAGACCAUGCUGCAGUUAGUAACCCUGUCCAGAUAUCAUUUCAUAUAUGUUUGAAAUUAAAAUUUUAUCACCUAUAUAUCUGGCAAGUGUUACAGCAUCUAUUAUUUAGCAGAAAACAACUUUAGGUAUUGUGAUGCUUUAAACUGAAUCCAUGAAAAUAUUUAAUGUAAUUUUUAAUUUAAACCAGUAUUUUGGAAUCAGAAGUGAAAUUUUUAUUUAAUAGGUAAUUUGGAGUGCUAGAUCAGUUUUUCCCUUAGCUACUGUUCCAACUUUGUAAUACUUCCAUUUAUUAAAAAGGGAAAGAAUUCUUCAUGGUAAAAAGAAAAAAAAUCCUAGUGGCCACAGAGUAUCCCUAUAGGGGAAGAGCAAUAGUAACCUCAUUUAUAGAGUUUUAAGUAUCUAUAUAAAAUGAUUAUUUGACUCUUUUAUUAGGAUGUCUUGGUUUUUGUUAGGUUGUCUUGCUGCAGGCAGCGUCUGGCAUAGUGAUAUUAGUAUACAUUCCACAGGGAUUUAAGAUAAUCCUUGUUUUCUUAAAACUUGCAGGUUAACUGUAAUAACCUUAUAUCUUAGUCUUAACCAAAAUACCUGUGAAGAUUCAAAAAGCUGACUAACGGGGAGACAUUCUAAAUCCAUCUAAAUAUUCUGGCUGAAAAUAUUGUUUGGAUUAAUUUGGGGAAGACAAGGGUGGAAGGAGUACAAAAAACUGCGUUUUUGGUGAGUCAAGUACCUGACUCAAGGAUCUAUUUCUCUGUUGUUUUCUGCUGUAUUCUUGGAACGUCACUUAUUCAACAAAUGGCAUUAAACUCCUACCAUACGCUAGGAGUGUAAUGGGGUUUGGAGGGAGAUUGGCUCUGACAUCAAAGAGUUCACAGCCUCUUUGACUGUAAGAGACCCUUUUUGACUGGGGGGGAGAGAAACGUGUAAACCAGUGAUUCCUGUGCUGAAUUAGGGGUUCAGACAGUUCUGAACUCAAACUGUUACUCUGCUGCCUACUGGCUGGGUGACACCUUGGGUGACUUCACCUCUCAAAGCCUUAGGCUUGUUUUGCAGAUGCAGAAGCUAGUAAGUGUUCACUUCAAGGGCUUGUUAGCAAGGUUAACUGAGGUGCUCCCCGGAGAGCCCUCGUACAGAACCUGGCCCUCACAGGUACACGCACCUCACCUAUUCGGGCCU